UCCGUCGUCGACGGUGGUGGUGGCACUUGCAGGCGAGCACCAUUCCUCGAGACCGUCGGGUCGCUCGCAGACGUUUUCGGGGCGCCGUCGUGUCCGCGGGACAGUUUAGUGCCUCCGUCCGAAAUGUGCUUCGCGCCGACCCACUUCCGCUCACUCCGUCUGUGAUAAAAGGACGAUUUUUGUACGGAACAAAAGUGCCAACAAUGCAGACAUUAUUUUUGCGCGUUGUUUUCUGCUGACCCGUGAGGAAUUAAAAAAAAAAAACAAUCGCAAUGACGAACAAAGCAGCUCCGGUGGCUUUCGCGAUGGAGCGGGCGCGGCGCCUCAAAAUCCUCGGCGUCCGACGCAGCACUUUGCUGACCGCGACCUUCGUGCUGUCCUACGUGUUGUACCUGUGCGCGGGAGGCUUCGUCUUCUCCUACAUCGAAGGCCCUGAGGAGGCCCGAUACCGCAAGAUAGUGCUUGACCAGCGAAGGGUCUUCCUCGAAAAAUACCCUUCGGUCGAAGAUGAGGCGCUAGAGGAGCUUUUGCAGUUGGUGGUGACGGCGGGCAACCGCGGCGUUUACGCGACGAGAAACGCGACCGGCGAGCCCAACUGGUCCUUCGGCCAGUCCGUCUUCUUCAGCACGACCGUGAUCACGACCAUUGGCUACGGUCACGUGACCCCGCUGAGUCAGUCCGGCAAAGGCUUCUGCAUUUUCUUUGCGGUCAUCGGCAUCCCGUUCACCCUCAUCCUUGUCUCGGCCCUCGUCCAGCGACUCAUGGUCCCUGUCAUGGCCUUCCUCGAGUAUUUGGACAUUAAAUUUGGUCACCGCCUCGGGGCCCUUUCCAUCCGGCUGCUGCACGUGACCCUGAUCGGCUCUUUCGUCUUAAUCUUGGCCAUGUUGAUCCCUGCCGCGAUUUUCGCAUCCAUGGAGCCCGAGUGGGACUACCUGGACGCCUUUUACUACUGCUUCAUCUCCCUGACCACCAUCGGCCUCGGCGACUACAUCCCUGGCGACGCCCCCAACCAGCAGUACCGACCCCUCUACAAAGUCCUCACCACAAUUUAUCUGCUCUUCGGAUUGACCCUGGCCAUGCUGGUGCUGACGGUCUUUGGCGGCAUCCCUGAACUUCACAUGGGCCACCUGUUCGACCUCAACUCCGACGACCUGACCAUGGACCACGAGAAAGUGCGUCUCAACCAGAACAAGUCAACAGACCACAGGACAAUUAUCAAGGUGUCUUCCAGGCGAGAUUUGGACGAUGAGGACGACGACGACUACAGCAGACCGUAAAUGGAGAUGGCAAAAAAUACUUAUUAAUUUGUGUUUACGCGAAAUGUACAUUAUUUGUCAUUGCUGUGUAAUGAUUAUUGGAAGCGCUUAAGUCAGACCGAGAGCUAUAUCUAUAUAACCUUGCGAACAAAAUGCCACUCUCAUUUAUAGCAACAACAAUUUACUAAUCCAAUCUCACUGUGCGAAUCAUAGAGGAAUCUAUAUAUUAUACGACUACGGAAUUAAGGAAGUAUACAACAAUUAUAUAAGAAAGUAAAUACAUCAAAUAUAUAUAUUUUAAGAAAAGAAAUAUCGACGUUUACCGUCUCGAUGACGACUGUAGGAGAAUAUUUUAAUAUCGGAGAGCUACUAUCUCUCGCAAAUCUGAAACUGAUACAUGAUUCUUUUUUUACAAUUUUUGUUCCUCACUCUUUACACCCACCAUCGGAUGUUUGCCUUGGCAGCCCCGAAAAAUGGUAUUUUCUGAGACUUUUGAAUUCCAGACACCAAAUAAUGCGCAACCGUACUGGAAGGAGGCUUUGCUCGUUUUACUGUAGGGUUAGAUCGAACCACACACGCUCUCUUAUAAAACCAAUUAAAAAAAAUAAUAACAAUAUCAUUCCAGUACAUUCCGCUGGCAAGAGCUCACUUUUCACUCUCGGACAAUUUGCUGUGUGACACACACGAAAAAUAAGACAAUUUUUGGAUCGUUUAAAACAUUUUGACUUCAAAGAGUGGCUUUUCAAAGCAGGGACUUGUUAUAAAUUAUAAAAGUGUUGAAUUCAUUGAAAAAAAUUGAAUUGUUUGAUGUGCUGCUUCUCACGUUAUCUGCUGCAGGCAAUGGAACUUUUUUAUUUUAAUAUAUACGUAAAUAUCUCAACUGUGACUUGUUUUAUAGACUUACAUGCACUUUUGCUGCUGAUUUUUGUAAACUGUGUUAGCACUUUAACGAUAUAUAAUUAAAUAAGAUGUAAAAUGUACCUUGAUUGCUUUUUCGUUCUAGGCCAUACUCUGUGGUGAUGAAUACAGAGACAAACAUAAAAUGAAAUAAAUGACUGUCAAUAACUAGUUGAAUCUGUGUAUAAUAACAACGAUGUAAAAGAGGUCAAUCAUGAAUAAAAACAAUAAUUCGA